UCUUCAUGGAGAUGAAUCAGAAGCUGUUUGAUGACUGCACCCAGCAGUACAAGGCUGAGAAGCAGAGGGGGAAGAUUAGAGGAAGAGAGCGAGCAGAAAUGUGGAAUCGGAUUGAGGAAAUGGCGAUGCUAAACCCACAGUACACAAUGUUUAAUUCUCCUCCUGCUUUCAGCCUGAUCUGCUGCAUGGAGACCGACACCCCUACAGCUGAGGAUAUCCAGAUCUUAAAGAAGACCAUGGAGUCCGAGGCGGUGCAGGUGCCACGGACAUCUUCUCAAGAGCAGAUGCUUCUUAGCAAGAAAUCAGAACUUCCACAGGAUAUUUAUACUAUCAGAGCACUGGAGUCUCAUAAGAGAGCAGAGGAAUAUUUGAGUAGCAGCAGUGAAACCCUCUGACCCCUUUUGGUCAGGACUAUAACCAUCCUGCCACCCUGGACAUGAGAAAAGAGGGCUCCACCCUCCCAUGACACCAUCCUCUUUCCAAGAGAAGCCACAGCCUCAUCCGAACACUGAUGAGACGAGUUGUAAAGGUCCAUUUAUUCUGUUCCCCCACUUUUUAUACUUACAGUGUCAUUCACACAGGACAGCACGUAGGGACCCAGGGUGGUUACCCUCCCUCCUUGGCCAUGCAUGUAAGAUAUUCAUUAGAAUUCUGCAUUCCUAAAGCUUUCUUUUAAUAGUUCGGAACCUUGAGAUGUUUUAUGUGUCCUACAUGGGGGUCAUGUAUUUCUUCAAGGUAAAGACUCUGCUCAGACCUCCUCAAGUGGGAAACCGAAAGGCCACAGCUGGACAGAUGUAGAAAUCCUGAGCAUUCCACAAUUGAUCUGCCUAAGACUGUCCCAGGAUUUCAGCCACCUCCUCUCUCAAAGGCGAUGCUCUUGUCUCCCAGGAUGUGGGGCUGAGCCUGAUCUGGGUUGGUGGAUUGUAGGCCGCAUGGAUUGAAGAGGAGGGGGAGGUGGUAUUGGUUCAUUGCCUCUAAGGGAAAAAAUAUUAAAUUAUGCAAAUAAUUUAUUA